AUGACCACAUUCGCCGCCACUGCCCCCAAUCGUCGCGUUCUUGUCGAUGGCAUCGCUUUUGCAUACCGGGAUCUGGGCCCUCGUGAUGGGGUGCCCGUCGUCAUGCUAAACCAUUGGGGCGCCACACUCGACAACUUUGACCCGAAGAUCGUGGAUGGACUGGCUUCGAAGCACCGAGUCAUCGCAUUAAACUAUCGAGGACUGGGCUUGUCCGAAGGAAGCGUACGGGACUCCGUCUCUGACAUGGCAGACGAUAUGUGUGCCGUCAUCCACGAACUCGGUCUGGCGCAAGUCGACCUGUUAGGGUUUUCACUGGGAGGCUUCGUAGCGCAAGAAAUCACAGUUCGGCAUCCAAGAUUGGUGCGCAAGCUUGUGCUCACUAGAACGGGCCCCGCGGGAGGCGAAGGGGUAGGAACCUGGGGGUCUAUGCCCUGGCUCUUUCUGAAGAGUCUUCUUACUUUGCGCGAUCCAAAGUACUACCUAUUCUUCCCACCUUCUCCGAACGGUAGAUCAGCUGCUGAGGACUUCUUAAGCCGCAUAGCUGAGCGCAAGGUCGAGCGAGAUGCAAGCCCAUCUGCGCUCGCCUUCUAUCGCCAAACCCUAGCCGCCAAAGCAUGGGGCAAACGCACUCCACAAAAUCUUGGGACAAUCGAAAUACCAGUCCUCAUCGUGAAUGGCGACAACGAUGUGAUGGUUCCCACCGACGGAAGUCGAGACAUUGCCGCUCGCAUUCCCAAGUCUCAACUCAUCCUAUUUGAGGAUUCUGGGCACGGAGCCAUCUUUCAGUAUCACGAGGCUUUCGUUGUGAAAUGCCUCGCUUUCCUUGAGACUUCUUAG